AUGAAGCUAAAAAUAAAUUUCCCAACAUGGCGGAAACGGCCGAUCCACCUACCGCUCAAACAGCUGAGGCCCAGGACGAACCUGCUGUCAUUCAGCAUCACGUGGUUCGCCGCCAUGUUGCUGCUCUACUCCAGAAACACCAGCAGGCGAGACCUUCUCCCGCCGAGACCCGUGGACGUCUACUUCCAACCAGUAGACCACCACAAGGACCAUCAGGCUUGCGUCCACCCUCAGCUGAACCUCAACGACCCCGUCAUGGCGAAACUCGUCACGGAGUUCCCGCCCCUUGUAUGUAAAGGUCGGGAAAACUUGGUCACUGUGUACAACGGAAGCGUCCAUUUUACAGCGCACCUGCUGUCUAGACAAGGCACGUGCGAUUACUACCCCAUAUCUAGGGUUGGAGAUUAUAAUGUCACUCUAGCCCCGCCCAUUUUGGAUAUUAAAGAUGGGUUUCAAAUUCCGUCCGAUUUUUCUAGGAUCGUUUGUAAGGUGAAUGGCAUAAAGGUGUAUGAUGGGAUACACGCAGGAGCGGCGGUGACUUCGGGUAGGGUUCAAAGAAAAGAAGUGCCUUUGGAGAAUGGGUUCCAGGGUUUAAGCAUCGCUGUUUUGGGGUUCGAUUCCAUGUCAAGGAUGUCGUGGAUGAGGAGGUUGAAGAAGACGAGGGAGUAUUUUCACAAGACGCUGAUGGCCAUUGAGCUGGAGGGUCACAACAUCGUGGGGGACGGGACAACGGCGGUCAUGUUUCCGAUGUUGACGGGCAAGUUUGAGUGGGAACUGCCGGAAUGCAGACGUAAUUUUCCAAGGGCAACAACCCUGGAUUAUUUCCCCUUUAUAUGGCAUGAAAUGAAACGCGCCGGCUACCUGACCUCUUGGGCCAAUGCAGCGCCCCACUCGGCGCCCUUCAACUACCGGAUGCUGGGCUUCAAGCACCCUCCCACAGACUUCUACACCCGACCCUUCUACCUAAUGGCGCAGAACGUGACCAGAAAAACAUUCCAGGAGUGUUUCGGUUCUCGAACGUUCAGCCGGGUGUGGUUCGAUUAUUUCCUGGACAUUUUCAGUGUCUACAAGGACAAGAGGAAAUUUUUGUUCCAUUUCUUGGUGGACAUGAGCCACGACGACAAUAAUAAGAUUACCAAGCUAGACGAUGACCUGAGAGACACCGUCCAACAGCUGCAUGCCGGGGGUCACCUCAACACGACGCUCCUGAUCCUCAUGGGGGACCACGGGGCGCGCUACAGCGAGGCCCGGGGCACGUGGUCCGGCAAGCUGGAGGAGAGACUCCCCUACGUGGCCCUGCUCCUCCCCGACUGGUUCCAGCAGAGGUACCCGCAAGCCGUGGACAACCUACGGGCCAACUCCAAGCGGCUGACAACACCGUUUGAUUUACACGAGACGUUCAAAGAUUUUUUGCGGUUCCGGGGGUCCGGAAAAGGCGAUAAAACGAAAAGAGGGAUUAGCUUGUUUCGGGAAAUCCCGUUAGACAGAUCCUGUGACGACGCGGGCAUUGCGCCGCAUUGGUGCGCAUGUUUAGCGUGGGAGAAGGUGUCCGUGUACGAGGAAGGUGCGCAAACGGCGCUGCAAGCUGCGUUAGAUAAGAUCAACACUUUCACGGCUCCCUACCGAAGCCGGUGUGCACUGCUCUCUAUACUCGACGUCACCUCCGCUUCCAAACUACAGACUAGAAAAGAGGUUCUCAAAUUCUCAAAAACAGACGCUGAUGGCGGGAUUUAUAAAAUCGAUUUCGGGGCCGCCCACCAAAGUGGCGUCACUAUUUAUCAAUUAACGUUCCACACAGCCCCCGGUGGCGGCCAUUUUGAGGCCACCGUGACGCAUGACGCCUUGAGCGGAGUCUUCACGGUCAAUGAGAAAGAAAUCAGCCGGAUCAACAAAUAUGGGGACGCGCCUGCAUGUAUACUGAACGAAAAUCGACAGAUCCGCCAAUAUUGUUAUUGUAAAUCACAGCUGUUGUCAUAG